AUGAAGUUCUCUCUUCUCUCCCUUGCCCUCGCGGCUGUUGCUGUUGCUGCUCCCGUUGCUCAGGAGCCUCAACCUGGCCCCGAGCCAAGUGCUCCCGCGCCGUUCCCGUUCCCCAGCGAACCCCCGUUCCCUUUCCCCUCGGCGCCCCCGUUCCCCCCAAAGCCCUCCGGUCCUCCCGGCCCAAAGCCGAGUGGUCCUCCUCCUCCGAAGCCCACCGGCCCCCCCGGCCCCCCUCCCCCCAGCAAGCGUGAUGGUUUCCCGGAGCCUCCUAAGCCUUCUGGCCCCCCCGGCCCUCCUCCACCCAAGCCAUCCGGCCCUAGCGGUCCCAAGCCUACCGCCACUGGUCUCGUCCGCCGCCAGAAGCCAACAGGAAAGCCCCCUGGACCUAAGCCCACUGGCAAGCCCCCUGGUCCCAAGCCAACUGGCAAGCCCACCGGCAAGCCUCUUGAACGCCGCCAGGACGGCCCCAAGCCCACCGGAAAGCCACCCGGCCCCAAGCCUACUGGCAAGCCCCCUGGUCCUAAGCCAACCGGCAAGCCAUUCCCUCCUCCUCAGUAAAUCCAAACAUCAACUGAGUCCGGAGGACAUCGAAACUCGAUAAGCGGCACUUCCAAGUGUCUUCCUAUGGCCGGACAAUUAACGGCCAGACCUGCAUUUCCCGGCUUCGGAAAAGAAAAGAAAACAAGGAAACCACUUGCAUGUCAAGGAUAGAUGGGAGGAGGAUUUUCCUACAAGUGUUGAGAUGAGGGGGCUUCCACUGUGUGCAAGUCAGUCUUUUUCGCCUACUUGUAACAACACAAUUUUUACACAACCUGCUGCGGC